GCUGGUAUCCCUGCCACGUCACGAGCGUCGCGUCAUUCCCGCCAUGUCAUAGGAUUUGGCGCUAGAAAUGCAUUAGAAUUACCCGCCCAAAUCAGGGAGGUCCCGUUUUUCUUAACACAUCGAGGCAACGGAAACAAAUUUUAUACAGCCGUCUACUAGGUGUCACUUAUUUAAUAGAAACUAGUUCGUCUCUUCAGUUGUCAUUCUUGUCUAUUAUUUUGUUAGAUGACAUUGUUAAAAUAUUAACUGUGUUGGUUAAAUUUGAAUUUGAAUGUAAUUACCUAGCUUAUUCAUUUGUUUUGAAGAGUAAUGUGCCUGUUAUGAAGUUAAGCUCAGCUUAAACAUACCUACAAUUUGAACCAUGGAAGACUAUACUUCUCUUCUCCAAGUGUCUAAAUGUCUGACGAACGAGCGACUGAGCCAGGCUUUGACCGACUGGUUCAAAGAGGACUGCCAGUUUACACAUUGGGAGUAUGUUAAGGGAACCGGCGCAGGGGACUCAUACAUGAGUGAGCUCAUGUGCAUUAAGAUUCACGGCAAAAACCCCAAAACUGACAACCCGAAACAUGUUCAGGUCAUCCUAAAGUCCAUCCCGAAGGGUCUCUGCAGACGACUUACGUUUCGUAGUAAUCAGUUUUUUGAGAACGAGAUCAGAUUCUACGAAGAUGUCUUACCAGAGCUUAUUAAGUUCCAAGCGACGAAGAAUUUAAAAGACCCAUUCGUGAACUGUCCCCGAGUCUUCGCAACUUACACUGAUGGAGAGAAUGACUACAUCAUUCUAGGUGACGCCACUCUAGAGAACUUUGUCACCGCUGCUGUCAGGCAAGAUGGCAUUGAUAUCGAACACUGCCGAGUAACUUUGAGGACCUUCGCCAAAUUCCACGCAAUGUCCUUUGCGAUGAAAGAUCAGGAUCCAAAAGGAUUCGAAAGGAUCAGCAACAGAGUUGUUGAGACAUACUAUCUCGAGCGACACUGGCCUUGGUAUAAGAAAUUCUGGGGCCGGCUUUGCAAAAUCGCUAUUGAUGCUGUCGAAAAAGAAUAUCCAGAUUCCAUCUACUUGGAUAAGAUAAAGGAGUUUGCUACACCAGAAGCCUUUAACAAAUGUAUAGAGGCGGUACGUAAUACGAAGGAAACUGGUGUUAUAAGUCACGGGGACUCUUGGACUACAAAUUUCUUAUACAAAUACGAAAAUAAAGUUCCAGUCGAUGCUAAAAUGAUCGACUUUCAAUUGUCCAGAUAUGCGUCUCCAGUUCUGGACAUUAGUUUCUUCAUAUACGCCUGUACAACACAAGAAUUGAGACUUAAACAUUACGAUGAACUCAUGAAAUACUAUUACGAUGCAUUGGCGAGCCAGAUCGAUGAGAUGGGUUCAGACUCCAAGAGGGUUUACUCCUGGGAUAAAUAUCAGGAAGAAGUUAAGAAGUAUUCGUUCUUUGGCCUGACGUUUAGCAUGGAGUCUACGCCUUUCAUUGUACUGGAUCCGGAAGAUGCGAUCGAUAUGGAUAUUUCGGGAGACAAGGCUAUAGAUAUUGACGACUUCUGGAAUGUUGGCUACUUCAAGACCAAGGAAGGAAGGCUCAGGGAAGCAAACAACAUAGUCCAUUGUGUAGACAACGGAUACAUAUAGUUUAUUUAUCAUGAAAGACGCUGUUUUUAAGGACUAUGCUGAGCAGUAUUUUAAACCAUUUUUAUUUA